UCCCCGGACUUGGAGGUCACUGAAUCAAUAGAUUUGAGUCUGGGAGAUCAUCAACAUGUGGUUCAGAACGCGGCAGAUGACGACACCCAGGCCCCAUCUGGUCAGGCCUACGCAACUCCUCCUGCAGCUGGGCCACGACAAACUUAUGGGAAUCCAAACACAAAGGCUAAUCAGCGAACGGACACCUACACGGUGCAGAUUUCUGAUGAGGGCAGCCCAGACAACAGCAACACUGUAACUGGCCUGUUGGCAGAAGUGUCUGUCCGCAGAGAUUUACACCUGUGCUUUCUUCCAAGAGUUUUAUUUCUUAUAUUAUCUUUGCAUCUACGUUCAUCAGGGAUAUUGGUCUGUAGUUUUCUGUUUUGGAAGGAUUUAAAAGUUUGGGUGCUAAAAAAUCCCUGGUUCACCUAUGCACUUUUGUCAGCAUUUUUUGCUGUACUUUUUGUACUUGCUUGCUGCAGGGAACUCCGCCAUCAAGUGCCUGCAAAUUACAUUCUCCGGGAAUUAUUUACAAUUCUCGGAGGUCUGCUGCUAGGAGCCAUACAGUGUAAUUUCUAUAACAUUGAAGAAGCGUUACGGGCCAUGGCGGCAACUGCUCUGGUGACGUUAUCGCUCACCUUAUUUGCUCUUCAAAGUCAUUGUGAUUUCACGUUGCUAAAUGGAGUGCUGUUCGUUUUAGUCUUUGUACUUAUUACCUAUGGAAUUCUCUUACUCUUCAUAUGAUCAUAUUGGUUGCAUCUAUUGUAUGCUGGACUGGGAACUGUGGUCUUCUCACUUUACUUGGUGAUGGACGUGCAGCUCAUGGUGGGAGGGCACCACCAUCAUUCUGAUCUGGACCCUGAAGAGCAUGUUUUCGCUGCCCUGAACAUCUACUUGGACAUAAUCAACCUUUUCCUUUUUAUAUUGCAACUGAUUGGACUCGCUCGGUAGUCACACAGCCGGGCUGGCUCGUAUGGGAAGAGGGAAGGAGGGACGCCUGCGAAGGGUCGCCAGGCUCUGACAUGCAGGUUACAUCUUCAUAAGGCCUUUUCAUUAAAAAUGUUUUUUAAAUACUUAUUAUUUUUUUUUUUUGUCAAGUGAAACCAAGCCCUUCAGUAGAUGGUAGCUGUAGCUGUUAGAUUUUUAGUUCCAUUGUUACAUCGCAAAACUUCCUGGAGAACAGUUCUGAUUUUUAAAAUUUCAAAAGAUGAGUGCCGUAACUGCAUACUUCACAAACAUUUGUAAAACAACAUUACUUUGGUGAAGUUUUGCAGGGACUAUUUAAAGCUGUACACCACAUCUCUAAAUGAUAAAGUUGAGUACAGAAACCUAUAUUUACUUCUUUCUCUUCCCUUGAUCUGCAGGAGUAUUUUGGCAUCUGACUUUUUUUUUUAAAGAGUAAGAUAAAUCAAUGAAUUCUUUCUCUGGAAUUCCAGAGUCAGACUGGAGAGAAGAACAGUAUUGACCUGGAAGGGGUUAAAGAGGAUUAACAUUAAGUCCAUGAAGGGCUCAGGACACAGUGUU